AUGUGGUUCUGGUUGCAGGACAAGUUGCUGGAUGACACCAGCAUCACGCACCUGUUCUCGAUUACCAAGUACACCGGCUUGCUUGCCACUGGCCUCACAGCUGAUGCGAGGUCCUUGGUCUCCCAAGCAAGAAAUGAAGCAGCUGAGUUCCGUAAAAAAUGGGGAUAUGAGAUGCCUGUGGAUGUAUUAGCAAAAUGGAUAGCAGACAAAGCACAAAUAUACACGCAGCAUGCGUACAUGAGACCCCUUGGUGUUGUUGCCAUGGUCUUGGGUUACGAUGAAGAGAAAAAUGCUCAGCUCUUCAAGUGUGACCCCGCAGGUCACUUCUUUGGACACAAGGCAACUAGUGCCGGACUGAAGGAGCAGGAAGCAAUAAAUUUUCUGGAGAAGAAAAUGAAGGAUAGCCCCCAGUUCUCAUAUGACGAAACUGUUCAGAUUGCGAUUUCUGCAUUGCAAUCUGUUCUGCAGGAAGAUUUCAAGGCUACCGAGAUCGAGGUCGGUGUUGUGAGGAAAGAAGACCGUGUCUUCCGGUCACUCACGACAGAGGAGAUUGAUCAGCACCUAACAGCCAUUAGCGAGCGCGACUGA